CCAGCCUCCGCCCCCAGCUCCCGGGGGGUUCCCAGAUCCCUCUGCCAAUGGCUGCCUGGCCUGGCUAGUUAAUAUUGAUGAGGGGGGGCAUGGAUAAGCCAAUGGAGAGCUGGGGGUGUGUAUGUGUAUCUCCAUAUAUAUACAUAGGGCUGGGCCACCUCAGGUGUGUAUGUGUCUGUGUCUGUGAGUGUGGGUGGACCCAGAACCUGCCCAAGCCCACUCCCUCCACCUGAGCCCUGUAUCCUCACCAUGUGUGCCCCUUUCAUCUCUUGUGGAGCCUGUACAGCCACGCCAAGCUCCCGCCGAGAGCUCUAGAAAGCCGGUCACUAACUUUGCAGACGGAUGAACCCCGAGCAGCCAGAGGAGACUGGGGCUCUCAACGCUGCCCCUCUGUCCUGCCGGCUUGGAUCCCUUGGGUCCUCCUAGGCUCCAUUCUGGAACCCUGACCAUGGAACCCUGAAGUGGCUCUGAUUUCCAGAGCUCAGUGGCAGACCCCAACACCCCAGGCCCUUCCUGCCCCUCCCACCGCCAGCUUUCAAGCUCCAAGAGGGAGGGGUGGGGAGGGGAUCACCAUCUCACUGGACCCGGGGCUACCAUCAUGAUGCUCAACUCAGACACCGUGGAGUUGGACCUGCCUCCCACUCACUCCGAGGCCGAGUCCGGCUUCAGCGACUGUGGGGGUGGGGCAGGCCCCGAGAGUGCUGGGCCGGGGUGUCCGGCCGGGGGCCAGGCCCGGGGGUCAGAGCCCGGAGAGCCUGGCCGGAAAGACCUGCAGCACCUCAGCCGGGAGGAGCGCAGGCGACGGCGCAGGGCCACCGCCAAGUACCGCACGGCGCAUGCCACGCGGGAGCGCAUCCGCGUGGAGGCCUUCAACUUGGCCUUCGCUGAGCUGCGGAAGCUGCUGCCCACGCUGCCCCCGGACAAGAAGCUCUCCAAGAUUGAGAUUCUGCGCCUCGCCAUCUGCUACAUCUCCUACCUGAACCACGUGCUGGACGUCUGAACUCAGCCUGCCUCCAGCCCCGGACUCUCCCCUCCUUCUGGGGCCUCUCUAGAGUCCCUUCUACUGCUCAUUGCUCGGAGUGGCCUUCUCCUCCCCAUCCCAAAGGCACCAGGCCCAGACAGUGCCCACCGCUGGUCCUGAAGGCCACUUUCCUUUACUGACCUGGGCACCCUGAUGGCUGUUCUCAUGGGUCCCUUCAGGGGCUUGCUGUGGCUGUUAGGGUCAGAAUCUGGUCAGAAUCAUUCACUAGAGUGAUCAGAACAGGGCCCUGCUGGAUUUCCUAAACCCUGGGUGCUGCUUUUUCUACCCCUAUGACCAGAUUUUCAGGCUCCAGACCCGGACUCUCUUCCAUCUGUUCUAGCCCAGGGUGCGGAUGUGGCAUCAGCACGGGAAGGGUGUACAGCUGGGGCUGGAGUCAGGAAGGGGCUUCUUCAGUAUGCUUGCGGGAGAGGAGGGCUCUUGGGAGAUAGGAGGUGACACAUGAAAGGGGAAAUCUCAGUAGCCAGGAACAAUAGAAAACUUUUUUGCUUUUCUUUGGUCCAUCUCAUUCCUGAGGCUCAGCACAUACAGGCCUCAGCUCAGCAGUGAAUGCCUUGCCCUCGCUGAGUUAUUUGGCUGUCUCCCUGCCCCCUACUAUUCCAAAUUUCUCCCUAUGUGCCACUGAAGGAAAAAAAAAAAAAAAGGAAAAACCUCAAUCCUGGGAUAGGGGUGACAUCUCCAAAUAGCAUGAGGUACCUAUAGAAGGCCCAGGCCAUGGGUGGGUGGGGCAGCCCUGACAGCCAUUCUCCUUCAUCCCCAGCCCACCCUGAGGAUGGCAGAACCCAUGCUGUCUCCUCAUAGGGGAUGCCCUAUUAUUGCCCUCCAGGGCUGCUCCUGGUCUUAGGGCCUAUUUACUAUAUUUUUUUUUCCUGUUUCUUUAAGCUGCCAUUGCAAAAGAAGAGACACCCCCACCCCAUCUCAUGGCUCCCCCACCCCAUGGUGCUGAGCCCCACUCACUCAUCACAGCCCUGGGCCAGCAGAAGGAAGGACCUUAGAACCUGUCUAGAAGAAAUGAAUUUAUUGCAUUUCUAUGAUCUCUCCACCCUCGUAGCAAACUCCUAGCUCUACAAGGAUAUUUAUUUAUGUAUUUAUUUAUUUAUCUAUUUAUUUAUUUAUUUAUAAAUAUUACUAUUUAUUGCC